UUGGCGGGGACCAAAUCGUGAUUCAAGGACGCGCCAAGAAAUCCGUGGAUCGCGUGCUUGCCAUAAGUUCUCGCUCGUCGGUAUACGCGGACCUUAAGGCAGAUAAUGACGAUGUUUUCUGUCGGCUCACCGCAAAGAGUCACGAUCGGACAACUACUGGUAGCUCUGUUACGCGGAAGCCUGGCAGCGCAAACCACUGGCGCGAAUCGUAAAUCAUCCGGCAAGGCUAACAGGUUUAUAAACGUAUCUAUGUUACAUGCAUACGUUCGUCGUGUAUACGCUUGCGUUCUGCACAGAAACGCCACUCGAUUUCGAACAGUGCCGCUAAUUUGCGCGUGGCUCGUCGCCGCUUAAUUAAUCCGCGCUACCGAGAGGGAAACAAGAAGGGAGAACCACCGUCACAACCACCGUCACUACCACUAACCACCAUCACCACCACCACCACCACCAUCAUCACCACUAUCUCUAGCAUUACCAUCAUCGCCGGUAGAACUAUAGGAGAUAUGUAGUUGUCGUUCUCGAAGAAGUUAGUUCACUGUGAGAUUUCUAACGACUUCUCAAACUUCUUAUUUCAAAAGGGACGAAAAAAGAAAAGGGAAUAAGGCCUAAUGACAAACGUCAAAGAAAAUA